AUGUCUUGGUUCUCCUGGCUUUUCACUCAAUGGCCCUCCUCAGCCCCGUCCCUGCUCCUUGUGGGGCUUGUGGGCAGACAGCUUGGGCUCAGGGUGGGACUGCAUCUGGUUCAGACAGCGACUUGUUCUCGGUGGGGCACCCCCAGCAACCAGGGUCUGUUCCAGGAUGGAGACGUAGUUAUCGGUGGGCUCUUUAGUCUUCAUUACCGACUUCCAGCUAUAGACAACGACUUCACUCAACUGCCGCACUACAAACCUUGCACCGGUUUAGAAAAUGUUCCAUUGCAGUAUAUAUAUGCUAUGGUGUUUGCAGUGGAGGAAAUCAAUCAUAGUACAACACUGCUACCGGGUGUGAAGCUGGGCUACCAUAUUUUUGAUAGCUGUGGCCGCCCGCCAUGGGCUCUCCAGGCAGCGCUGUCAUUGGUUGGAGGAGACAGCGCUAGCUGUAAUUCAACAGACCCUCCAGACUAUCCUGCGGGGUAUGGAGAGGGAAUCGGAGAAAGGAGAGGUGAUUACCCCGUUCCCUUGAUCAUCGGUGCUGCUUCAUCCGUAACAGGCCAGAUACUCUCCAGAACCCUGGGGCCGCUCUCUAUCAGCUACCUGUCGAGCUGCCCCUGUCUAAGUAACAGGCGGCAAUUCCCCAACUUCUUCAGGACCAUCCCAAGUGAUAUUUACCAAGCCCGGGCCAUUGCCCAGCUGGCCAUACGCUUCAAUUGGACCUGGAUUGGGGCAGUGGUGGCAAACAAUAAUUAUGGCCACAUGGCAGUAGAGGUAUUUCAGGAGGCGACUCAGGGGGCAGGGGUGUGUCUGGCAUUCGUAGAGACUCUCCAAAGGGAAAACAUUGUGAAUGAUGCCAGACGUUCAGCCCUCACAAUCCAGGCCUCGACUGCAAAAGUGAUUCUGAUUUUUAGCUGGUACACAGAUGUGAGGGAACUGUUCCUGCAACUCGCCAAGAUAAAUGUGACUGACAGACAGUUUCUGGCUAGUGAGGCUUGGAGCACCAGUGGAGAUCUUCUCCAAAAUGUUGUCUCAACCAAAGUGGCAAAAGGUGUUCUUGGUGUGGCCAUCAGAAGUUCAGCUGUACCUGGAUUUGAAAAUUAUAUCAAAAGUUUGCACCCAACUCGUCGUCCUGAAGACGAGUUCUUAAGAGAAUUCUGGGAAGCCAAAUUUGGAUGCAGUCCUGGAGCCACACCUCUAUUUUCACAUUCCUCUCCAUCCUUCGAAUCUAAAGCUUCUCUACCACUCUGCAGCGGGGCAGAGUCCCUGGAGGGAGUACAGAAUCACUUCACUGACACCUCCCAGCUAAGGGUGACAUAUAAUGUCUACCUAGCUGUUUAUGCUGCAGCCCACGCCCUUCACAGCCUUCUCUCCUGCCCUGAUAGAGACAGCUCACCCAGAAACAACACCUGCUCCUCUCCAAAAUACAUCAAACCCAUAGAGCUGCUGCAGCACCUGGACAACGUGAAUUUUACCACACCACAGGGUGAAAUGUUUUACUUCCAAGGUGCCGAUAUUCCAGCAAAGUACGACCUUGUCAACUGGCAGAACACCCCCGAGGGGUCACUCAAACUGGUUUUGAUCGGCCGUGUGGAUGGGUUUGACCUCCACCUUGAAGAGUCAGCUAUUCAGUGGAGCACAGGAUCCACUCAGGUGCCUGUUUCAGUGUGCAGUGACAGCUGCCCCCCAGGCACCCGAAAGGCCAACAGGAAAGGAGAACCUCUCUGCUGCUUUGACUGUAUCCCAUGUGCUGAAGGGGAGAUUAGCAAUCAAACUGGUUCCCUCCACUGUGAGCGUUGUCCAUCAGAGUUCUGGUCCAAUGCUAAACGAACUGCAUGCAUCCCUCGCCAGCUGGACUUCCUUUCCUUUCAUGAAACCUUGGGCAUCACCCUGACUACAGUAGCUGUGUCUGGCGCUGCGGUGACAACAGCUGUGUUUGUGGUGUUUCUCUGCUACCGUCAAACACCUAUGGUGCGAGCCAACAAUUCAGAACUGAGCUUCCUGCUUCUCCUGUCACUGAAGCUCUGCUUCCUGUGCUCGCUGGUGUUCAUCGGUCGUCCAUCAGUCUGGUCUUGCCAGUUCCAGCAGGCAGCUUUUGGGAUCAGCUUUGUACUUUGCGUUUCCUGCCUCCAAGUCAAGACCAUAGUAGUUCUGGCAGCUUUCCGCUCAGCUCGGCCCGGUGCUGAAGCCUUGAUUAGGUGGUUUGGUCUGGGCCAGCAGAGAGGAAGUGUCUGCCUUCUUACUUGUAUACAGAUUAUCAUCUGUGCCACAUGGCUGUCCCUCAGCCCCCCUGUGCCUCGACGUGAUCUUGGUUUCCAAGGUUCAAAGGUCACCCUGGAGUGUGCCAUGGCCUCUGUGGUGGGCUUCUCUCUGGUUCUGGGUUACAUUGGUCUGCUGGCCUGCACCUGCCUCCUCUUGGCCUUUCUUGCUCGAAAACUCCCCGACAAUUUCAACGAGGCCAAACUGAUCACCUUCAGCAUGCUGAUAUUCUGUGCUGUCUGGGUGGCCUUUGUUCCUGCUUACAUUAGCUCUCCUGGGAAAUACACUGUCGCUGUGGAGAUUUUUGCAAUCCUGGCCUCUAGCUAUGGUCUACUGCUCUGCAUUUUUGCCCCCAAAUGUUUCAUCAUUCUGUUGAGGCCUGAGAAAAACACUAAGAAACACCUGAUGGCCAGAUAA